AUGCUCAAUCCCAGCAGUACCGGUAACAAGGUCCUUUGUUUCAAAAUCCCCAAUGUAAACCGCCGAUUCACAGUCCACCAAGAUCUUAUAUGCCAGACAUCAAACUACUUCAAGCGCCGACUUCAAAGACACCGCAGGCCCAUCUUUCCAGCCGAUGAAUGCUGCAUCUGCACCGAGCCCUUCAAUCCUACGCUGCAAGACCUCACGUUCUGCACCCACUGCGGCCAAAACAUGCACGAACACUGCAUAGACGCCUGGGAAAGAGUGCCCCGGAACGUGGUUUCCGGGUCAAAAUGCCCAAUGUGCCGUGCUCGCUGGAAAAGCCCUCGGCACCUUUCUUGCGUGAAUAUCGAGACUGAGCUGGACGUUGAAGCCGUGCAGAGUUAUCUGGAUUGCAUGUAUACAGGUACACUGAAAGAGGUAUCGGCGUCUAUCCCACGCAACUCGGAUCAGUUCAGCCUCGUUAUGCUGAAACGCUGGGCCGUUGCAAGUGCUCUUGAAGAUGCUGCAUUUAAAGCCCAAGUUCUAACCGCGCUUUUCGCCAAUGGCAGAGUGGUUAUUGGUAUUGAGAGCGUGAAGUGGGCGUUUGUAGAGAGGAAAUGCAGUGAUGAGAUUCGCGAGUUCAUGGUUGAUGUUAGUCUGACGGGUAUUGAGUCGGGCUGGUUUAAGGAGAUGGGAAAGCGUUUCCCGGAGGCUUUUGUGAGCCAAUCGGCGGAUGGGGCGGUGCGGAAGUGGAGGAAUGGGAAUAAUAGGAGGGGGCUUGGAGAUGUUAGGAGGGACUGGAUGAGGAGAGUUGGUGCGGGGGGUGGUGAGGGAAGUGGCGGUGGUGAAGGUGGCUCAAGUGCUUAA